CCGGCCGGCCGGCUCUGCCCUGGCCUGGGACAAGUGCCGAGCCGACCCGCUGCCCCCGGGGCGGGGAGUAGAAAAACGCAGCGAGUGACCCGCGUUAACCAGUAACAGAGUCAGGGGCUAUAAGUGCUUAGUCCUCGCUGAGGCUGCAGCCAGCGCCGGAGCACAGAAACCCACCCAGUGCUUGUGUCUGCCUCCGAAGCAGAAGAAAAGAAGCAACAUUGGACUGGUGGAGAGAUCCUGACUUAAAGAGUUUCAGCCAGUAAGACCACUGGAACAUCUAGGGCAGAGGAAAUGUCAUCAGUUAAGAUUGAGUGUGUUGUCAGUGAGAACUGCAAAAUUGGAGAAUCUCCGGUCUGGGAAGAAAAGGAAAGCUCACUUGUAUAUGUGGAUAUAAGUGGUAAAAAGAUUUGCCGAUGGAAUUCAUUCACCAAGCAAGUGCAAAGUGUUUCUGUGGCUGCUCCUGUUAGCUGCGUAGCCCUUCGGAAAUCUGGGGAUUAUGUUGUUACCCUGGGAGCCAGGUUUGCGGCUUUAAAAUGGAAAGACCAGUCAGUAACCACCAUUGUUCACGUUGACAAGGAUAAACCAAACAACAGAUUCAAUGAUGGGAAAGUGGACCCUGCAGGGAGGUUUUUUGCAGGUACCAUGGCUGAGGAGAUUCGACCUGCUGUGCUAGAGAGACGCCAAGGUGCUCUGUAUACACUCUUCCCUGAUCAUUCUGUAGUGAAGCACUUUGAUCAGGUGGACAUCUCUAAUGGCUUGGAUUGGUCACUGGAUCACAAGACUUUCUUUUACAUUGAUAGCCUGUCCUACUCUGUGGAUGCCUUUGAUUAUGACCUGCAAACAGGAAAAAUUUCCAAUCGCAGGAGUAUGUACAAGCUAGAAAAGGAAGAAAGCAUCCCUGAUGGAAUGUGUAUUGAUACAGAAGGCAAACUCUGGGUAGCCUGUUAUGAUGGAGGGAGAGUGAUCCGUCUAGACCCUGAGACAGGAAAAAGAAUCCAGACUGUGAAGCUACCUGUUGACAAGACAACUUCCUGCUGCUUUGGUGGAAAGGAUUAUUCAGAAAUGUAUGUGACUUCUGCCUGUCAGGGAAUGGAUGAUGAAUCUUUUUCACGGCAACCACAGGCUGGUGGUAUUUUCAAGAUAACUGGACUUGGGGUGAAAGGAGUCCCACCGCAUUCAUUUGCAGGUUAAAUAUUCACUCUUCAGAACAAAGUACAUCUCCAGAAGCAGGAACAGAUUAAGCAAGAAACAUGUUAAAGAAGUAUUUUAGCUGGUAUUCUGCAUCUCCUGCAUUUGAAACCACAGCUCUGUGGGUAGACUUCUAGCAGAAACGGAUAAAUAAGGCAACUUUUGAAAUGCAUCAAAUUUUUUCAAAAUUCUUUGUUUUCUUGGACUCCUGUGUAACUCUAAAAGCAGCAAAGAGUCCUGUGGCACC